UAAAUAUAACAAUCUAACCUCACGUUCAACUUUGAAAAUCAUUAAAAAAUUAUUUUGCACGUGUUUGUUUGUAACAAACAUUUUGUAUGAAAUAAAUAAAGUAUGCCCUUUGGGAAGUGGGCAAAGAUUGGAGUUGGCUGGUCUAUAGUUGUAGUUGCUGGUAUAUAUUCCUUUUAUCUUGCUAAAACAAGUGUAGAAAGCAGGCGAUAUGAGAAUAUGAAAAUUAGAGAACGUAUGCGUGAAUCAAACGUGGGAGAAUAUACGCCAAGUUACAGAAAGUUUUCUACUGUUAAAACCAGUGAAUCUUAAGCAUUUAUAAAUUAGUGUAGUUGAUUGGUCAUCCAAAACGAAGUCUGCAAUGGCCCAAUCUCAGAAAGAAGUGCAAAACAUGCAGCUAAUUCAAGAACUAGAAAUAGAAAUGAUGGCUGAUAUGUACAACCGUUUAACUGCCGCUUGUCACAAAAAAUGCAUUUCGCCAGUUUAUGGUGAUGCGGAAAUUGCGAAAGGAGAAGCAGUUUGUAUAGACAGAUGUGUUGCUAAAUUCCUAGAUAUUCAUGAAAGAAUAGGAAAAAAAUUAGGACAAAUGUCAGGGCAAGACGAAGCAUUAUUAAAAAAGUAGUAAUUUGUAUUACUUUCAGUAGUUGUUACAUUUUAUUAUGUUACUUUAGUUCCUACUCAAAUAUAUAGUUAAUAUAA